AUGGACGCGUCGGGCUCAAAUGUUCUCAACAGAUCUAUGCAAGGCCUUUGGUCUACCCAUAGACGGGGUAAAUUGAACCUGAAUUCACCAUCAUCUCCUGGGAUCACUCCUUCCGAAACACCCCUCCUGGAAGGGCCCUCAACUCCUGCCGCGACUGUUACGACGGAGCCUAGUGCAGUUGUGCCCACGAUAGCGUCAACUGAGGUUGCUGCUCCGAUAGAUUCUGCCACUCCCAUAAAUGGGAAAAGGAAGGUCAGAUCAUCACGUACGACUGAAGCAAGUACGAGCAACAAGAAAGCGAAAGUAUCCUCCACUGCAGGGGUAGCGAUAUCCAAAGACCACACCCCCCCUACCGCACGUUUGUCGGACCUCGGCGGGGUGGAAGCUUGCGUGGAAAAGAUGUUGGAGCUUGUUGCGAUGCCUCUCUGUCAUCCAGAGGUUUAUCUGCAUACUGGAGUACAACCUCCGCGUGGAGUGUUGUUGCAUGGCCCUCCAGGUUGUGGGAAGACUCUGCUUGCAAAUGCUAUGGCUGGGGAACUUGGUGUACCAUUCAUUAGUAUAUCGGCCCCUUCUAUUGUGUCUGGAAUGUCGGGCGAGUCAGAAAAGACACUUCGAGAUACUUUUGAAGAGGCCAAACGUGUCGCGCCAUGUUUGCUUUUUAUUGAUGAAAUUGAUGCUAUUACCCCAAAACGAGAAAGCGCACAACGGGAAAUGGAAAGGCGCAUUGUCGCCCAGUUUCUCACCUGCAUGGAUGACAUGUCUUGGGAUAAAACGGACAACAAACCUGUCAUUGUUAUGGGUGCAACGAAUAGGCCCGACUCCCUAGACGCCGCGCUGAGGCGAGCUGGGAGGUUUGAUCAUGAGAUAAGCAUGGGAGUUCCGGACGAAGAAGCGCGAUCCAAAAUCCUACAAGUUCUCUGUGCCAAACUGCGCCUCGAUGGUGAUUUCAACUUUACCACACUAGCAAAAGCCACACCAGGAUAUGUUGGUGCCGAUCUCUCGGCUCUCACUGGUGCAGCUGGCAUCAUCGCCGUGAAACGGAUAUUCAAACAACUUUCCGAUGGUACCCUCAUCCUUCCAGACCCCACGCCCGAUGGCGUUAGUUCCACCUUAGAGCAGGACGUGUCAAUGAUUAUUGAUCCUCCCUCGACACCUCAGGCUCAGGCUGACCCACCUCCUCCAAAAGCCUCUAUCUUGUCAGGCCUAUCCUCUCAACUCUCCGCAGGCUCGAUAGCCCAUUUCCUCAUUGCCCAUCCGGACCCUCUGACUGAAUCACAACUUGCCCCAUUGUGCAUAACAUCUGCCGACUUUAUCCUGGCACUGAAGCAGGUCCAACCAUCGUCCCAGCGUGAAGGCUUCGCCACUGUUCCAGAUGUGACCUGGGCAGAUAUUGGAGCCCUGCACGCAACGCGAGAGGAGCUUCACAUGGCGAUCGUACAGCCCAUUCGGCGUCCAGAGCUCUUCAGCGCAGUAGGCAUCGAGGCUGCUUGCGGCGUUUUGCUUUGGGGUCCUCCUGGAUGUGGAAAAACACUUCUAGCAAAGGCUGUAGCCAACGAAUCCCGGGCGAACUUCAUUAGUGUCAAAGGUCCUGAACUCCUGAACAAAUAUGUUGGCGAGAGCGAACGGGCUGUUAGACAGGUGUUCUCCCGGGCGCGGGCCUCAUCACCUUGCGUGAUAUUCUUUGAUGAACUUGAUGCUCUAGUUCCCCGUCGUGACGACAGCUUGUCUGAAUCUUCAGCACGCGUGGUGAACACAUUACUCACUGAACUUGAUGGCCUGGACACUCGCAAAGCAGUCUACGUUAUCGCAGCCACCAACCGACCAGACAUGAUAGAUCCAGCCAUGGUCCGUCCAGGUCGUCUUGACAAGCUGCUCUACGUCGACCUCCCCCAGCCUGAGGAGCGUUCCGAGAUAUUACGCACCAUGACACGCAAAGUACCAUUGGGAAACCUUGAGGGACAAUCAGCGGAUCUCAUCAGAGAGAGAAUAGAGCUGCUCGUCAAAGAAAAAUGUGAUGGUUAUAGUGGCGCUGACCUCGCUGCUCUUGUCCGCGAAGCAGGCGUGAUCGCUUUGAAGCGGACUCUCGGGGCAUUGGAUCAAAUGGGCGAGGAUGUGGCUGGUGCAGAGGGUCCCAAGGUCUUAGUAGACGUUACGGACUUCAUCAAAGCUUUGGAGAAGAUUGGUCCAAGCGUCAGCGUUUCGCAACGUAGGAAAUAUGAAUCGUUGCGCUCCAAGCUCUCUGGUCUACCGGUCAGGGUUGGGAAGGACGAAGAGGAAAAAGUGCUGGAUGGUAAUAUCAGUACAAGAUCAUGA